AUGCUUCUGCUACACUCUCCACUAAAGUACAAACUUCUUGCAGAAGGCGUUUGCGAGAACCUGCUCCGAUCCCGAAGAGCUGAUGGAGGGUCUCUGAGGUCUUUCCUGCACCGACAGCUGCAGCAAGCCCUUCCUGGUGUGCCCCUGUCUGAGGACAUCUUUCGGUGUCUCCUGGGCCAGUUGGGACACUGGCCAACCCCAGAACUGUCCACGGCCAUGGACCAUCUGAUUCGCUUAGCUGAAGCACAGAGGUUCCCCGUCUUUGGCAGUGGUGGACCCUCCCAGGCCCAGGUGGUGUUGCUCUUGUGGCUUCCCCCAGCCGUACCUCCUGCACAGGCACAACGAUCCCGGACUGCAGCCCGUUUGCUGCUUUCCCGGGCGAUGCCUACACACUUGGUGCACAGCUACGAGGCCCUCCUGCAACAGGCUCGACGGUCGACAGCUGUCCGCAUUGUGGCUCAGAGUUUGACAGAACACGUCUUUGACUGCCAUCGACCAACCCCCAGCGAGAAAGAGCUGUCCAAUCUACCGGUGCCCGUCCUUCGCAAUGUGCUGCCCAUUUUAAGCUACCUUGCUAGCCUUCGGUCGUGUCCACCUUUGGGAAAACUUUGGGGCCCUUCCAGGGGUAUUGUGGCUGCCAGCUGGUCGGGUGAUAUUUCUCCACACAUCGUUUUGGACCAAGGCAACCAGGUGGAAGUGCUGCUUGACCAGGGCUAUCCAAAACUGCUAAGUUUGCAACAGAAUGAUGCUGCCGAUUAUGCGCGUGCACGUACUCUCGAGAAACUGCGUGCCUACAAUGACAUGCUGCACUUUAUCCAGGAGUCCAUGAACAAUUCUACCUUGUCUUCCCUAUCAAUACAGCUCCUACUGAAAAUCGGCAUUGACCUUGCUGGCAGCUGUCAGCCCCCAAAGAGCAGUGUCUUGCUGCUGCAGAACAUCUUGUCACAACUGGUGCACCACCAGGUAGCUACCAAAGAAGACCAUCGCAUCUUGAGCCAGCUUCUGUCAGUGUUCCAGCAUAGGCAAGAGUGCACCAAGGUUGGCAUUCGAGACCUUGUGAAUGCCCAUGAUUAUCUGGUGCCUCAGUUGCUUGAAGACUUCCGGAAGAGUGUCCUCUUUGAGUCACCAGGCGUACGUGCCUACCUGGUCACAGAACUUGCUGUCUAUGCAAAGAUGGCAUACCAGUUACCUCCCGAUAGAAGGGCUGCCCUUCUUGGAGUGGCAACAGCAUUACUCACUAUCAGCUGGCCUCCUGGUAAGGUGCUGGAUCUGCUCAUUGACAGUGCAUCACUACUGCAAGUCAGCCAUGUCAGCCUCCAACUUGCCCACAAGAUGAUUCCAGCUCUCAUGCUGAUCCACACAAGGCCCUAUUAUGAGUGGCUUUCGCCAGAGCGCAAAAACUACCUGUAUAUGACCCUGCUUCGACUGAUUGAAGAGCUAGAUGGAAUGGAUGAAACCAUGCUAACAGCCAUCGAGGGUGUAAUGGCCAGCACAUGUGACAAGCUCAACUUGGUGAGCGUCUUGUUCCGCAUGCUCCGAGCUCCCACCAUAAGCAGCAAGGUAUUUUCGUAUAUUGAGUGCCUCAUCCUCUACUUGCUAAAGGCUCAGCCUGGACUGACGAUUAAUAUUCAGACAGUCAUUCUGCCCACUAUGACUACAGGGCCCUGCCAUCCAAACAACACGCACAUCUCCAGAAACCAUCACAGCCACACCUAUAGCAAAUACUACUACCUCAAUUCAAACGUCAUCAGAGUCAUCUACUGCAACAUAUACAAAAAUGUCCACAUCCACACUAACCCCUACAGCAACAUCCUCAAAAGAAAGUACAGUGGAAACACCAUGGGGGCCUACAUCUACGACUGUCACAGUAACAACACCUCCAAUGUCCGAAAAAACACCUAUACCCACAGUGUCUCCUACAGCAACACCCUCAGUUGUGACACCACCACAGACUUCUGUAGAAACACCUACAGGGACACCCUCAAUAGCAACACCACCACAGACUUCUAUAGGGAUGUCUACAGCAACGUCCUCGGUUGUAACUCCUUCGCAGAUGUCUACAGCAACACCUUCAAGGACACCUACAGCAACACCCACAGAGGAAACAACACCUGGGAAAACAUCCACGUCCACAGAGACACCUACAGCUACACCCUCAGUAGAAACACCUGGGAACACAUCCACAGGGAUGCCUACAGGAACACCCUCAGUAGAAACUACACCUGCAAAAACAUCUACAGCAACAUCAUUAGAAACUACACCUGGGGAAACACCCACAUCUACAGGGACACCUACCACAACACCUUCAUGGAAGAAACAUCCAUAUCCACAGGGUCACCUACAGGAACACCCUCAGUAGAAACUACACCCGAGAAAACAUCUACAUCUACGGGGAUGCCUACAGCAACACCCUCCGUGGAAACUACACCUCAGAAAACAUCCACAGGGACGCCUACAGGAACACCGUCGGAAACUAUAUCUAUCAAAACAUCCACAGGGAUGCCUACGGGAACACCCUCAGUAGAAACUACACCCAAGGAAACAUCCACAUCCGUAGGGAUACCUACAGGAACACCGAACAUUCUCAGAAGAAACUACACCUGGGAAAACAUCCACAUCUACAGGAACAUCCCCAGGAGGAACUACACCUGGGAAAACAUCCACCGGAACACCUUCAAUAGAGACUACACCUGGGAAAACAUCCACAACUACAGGGACACCUACAGCAACAGCCUCAGUAGAAACUACACCUGGGAAAACAUCCACGUCCACAAAGGUGCCUACAGGAACACCUCCGGUAGAAUCACCCGGGAAAACAUCCACAUCCACAAGGGAACCUACAGCAACACCCUCUGGUGCCAACACAUCAAAGACGCCACCAAUUAUAGGAACACCUACAGCAACACCUUCAUCAGAGACAAAAUCAACUACUACAGAAACUUCCUCAGGUUCAACUACACCAGGAAAUGCAUCCACAGGAACACCCACUCAACACCCCCCGGACUAACUCCGUCAAAGACCCCAUCUGUGUCAAUCAGAACUCCUACAGCCACACCCUCAGUUGAAACUCCAUCAAAUGGAUCUACCUUCUCAGGGACACCAAAUUUCACUACUUCACCAUUGCCAUCAGUAACACACCACGGUACCACUCCCUCGCAUAUUGACAGUAAGGGAAGCACACCUCCAGUGGAAACAACACCUCUUGUAACUGUGGUUACAACGGAGAGCAUCACAGAAAUGGGAACUACAGAGAUCACGAUACCGACACCAUCUCAAGCAACCCAUGUUUUUACAGUUCCUAUGUACCCCCCUGAAGGUGUCCCCAUCAGGUUCAAUAUAGAAAAAAUAUCGCACCACAUCACUCAUGUCAAUGAAUCAGACAGCAAUAUCCUUGAAAUCAUACAAAUGCUUUUCAAUCAAACUCAUGACAAGAAUAUCACUCUUGUUAUAAAGGACGCUGAAAAUAUUACAUCCCAGCACCCAGAGAUUGUGAUUGCCGUGGAGGAGAAGGUUAUACUAGUUAUUGUUGAAGCACUAACAAACGCUCAAUUAACCGGAGAAUUAGAAGAGAAAACAGAAUACUUGGUACGUGAGCUUUACAAGAUACUUGUAACAGGAGGCAAUUUUAGACUGGAGGUGCUACAGAAGGUUCUCACACUAGAAAUGACAGGCACACUCAAAACAAAAAUCUUAAACAUCCUUAUAAAUCGAACCAUCAAUGGAACUGUAGAAGGAGUACACAUGGUACUCGAGAUCCUGAUACCUUAUUUGGCAGUGCAUCACGUUUCUGGAAUUUCUACGCGAGAAUUCAUUCACUUGGUGGUGCAGUAUGUGCAGACAACCAACAGAACCCAAAUUAAUAAAGAUUUGAGGCAUUUCAUUAUUGAAAUCCUAGAAGACCUCAUCAACAGUCCACAAGUGAGCGAGAAUGACAAACGACAGCUGAAGAUCAUCUUGGAAACUCUUCUUCGUGAAACUACCACAACCCACACAGGCUUUGCACCUAUUUUAACUUACCUGAAGGAUACAAGGGCUCCACUAUCCCUCGACCUCCUUCUUUCCAUACACCCCAACUGGAAAGGAAUCUCACGAGAGUCGUUCUUGACAGUUCAGAGGUUGGCAGAAGUGCUAAACACAUCCAAUGGCAAUCCUUUAAUAGUUGGAAAUGUUGUGGCACUACUUCUGCGGUUAGUCAGCACCAACCAUAUACCACGAACAAAAAUUGGCCCUAUGCUUUCCAGUUUGCACUCCAUUGUCACUAGAACAGACCUAAUAGCACCUCAUUUGAGGUUGACUGUGCUCACAGACUGUUUGACUCUCUAUGGCAAUGAAGCUUUCCAAUAUCUGUCUCCUGCUGCUCGAGUAACUGUGCUCAACACAAUCCUUGCUUUGGUGCAUGAAAAGGUCGACGACUAUGUGGUCAGUCAAGUGCUGAAUUAUGGAUGGACGUACAAGGAGCGUAGUGAUAUCUUUGUUCCACUGCUCCGAGAUGUGGAGAACUUCAACCUGCCAGUGAAUAGCCUUCGAGAGAUCAACCAGAUCUUGCUAGUUGUGGCAGCAGUCACAGCAAAUAACCCAACGCUGCAGAAAGAGCUGUCCACCAUUGCCAGCAAACUCAACUCUAAUCGACCUGAGAAAUCGAAAUACCCGCGUUCAAUAAAGUACAUCAUUGAUAUCCUACUUAACAGGAAACCUCUCCAGGUAUCUAGCAUCCCACGGGGUGAUAUCACGGUGCUGUCCUACGUCCACUGGCCUAUGCGUCAGCUACUCCCAAAGCAGAUUGAUAGCCUUCCAAAGGAGGUGGAAGACCAUGACUUCAAGAUAGACCACCUCACGAGUGAGCUCUCUCGGGAUCUUUACUUUGUAGCCCUUGAUCCUGCAGUACGAGGCAAUCUCGUGGUGGUUGCUAUGCGUUUACUCACCACUGACCAGAUGACUGUCACCCUGGUUGAAAAGCUUCUCGGUGCCACGCACCAAGGUGUUGCUUUGAGACCCACAUUGUCGACCAGCAACAAACUGUCUCUCCUACAAGACAUCCCAGUUGUCAUUACAAGGCCCACCAUUCGCUCUCUGCCACCCGAGCGAACAAACUUCCUCGGGAAGUUUCUUCACAAUCUCAUUCGCACAAUGAAGCAGCUACCAAGGCCUAUUCUGGAGACACUUAUCAAGUUUGUACCUAAUCAACAUGCAGCUGCCUAUGCCAUACAGCUAUCUUCAGACAUUGCUUUUGCUCUUCUGCAGCAUGAUAAUGUCAACGAGCAAGUGGAGCUUAGCAAGCAGCUGGCCAAGAUCCUGGAAGACAAGGCUGAAAGCAGCACUGAGCGCUACAAAGUCAUUCCUCUGUUGACAGACUUCAAAAACAAACUGUCCAGCUUGACUUCUAGUCGUCCUGCCCUGGCACCUGUUGUGCAGUACAUCGAAGAAAUUCUCCAAAGAUUACACAAUGAGCCCCAAAAGUCCACCAGUGCCCUGAGUGAUCUGAAAGAAUAUCUUCAAAAACUCCCAGGAAAUGUGUCUGUGGACAUUGUACAUAAAAUGCUCGAAGAUUUCUCGAGUUGGACCCCUGCCGACUUCAAGGCUCUUAUAGGUCUGCUUCACGCCGCGCUUCCCAGAGCCGAGCACAAAGAGCCACCGCUCACAGGAAGCCUUACUAUUGUGGCUAUGAGACUGCUGAGACUCCACAACAAUACAGACAGCACCGAGGAAGCACUAGUCAAGUUUGUGGACCUAAUGCCUGUCAACAGCAGCCUCUUCCCAGAGCCACUCAAAACGGUGCUGGUGAGCGACAUUCUUUUUGUGCUCGCCACCAAGAUCUACAAGAGCUCCGAAAGUCACGUGAAUGCUGAAACGCUCCUGCGCAUGCUUGACGAAGUGCUGCACAGUCACAUGAGCCCCGCAACUGCUAGCCUGGAGAGCGACUUCAUCAAGGCUGUGGCCGCCUUUGUCGACAACAAGUUUGUGCUGAGACUUGUGAAGCGCGAGCUGCGCGUCCGCCUGGCGGACCUGCUCCAGCACUUGGACUUCCAGCACCUGAUAAUACCCAUGGAGAUCAUUGUCAGCAUUGACAAGCAGUUGCGCAAGGAGAUGUGGACCAUCGUCCGGAAGGUGCACACCACAACCGAAGAGCGCUCUUUGCUCCAAUUCCUCCAAUACCUCAAAACAGCCCACAGGGACGAGAUUGUGCGCAUGGACAAUAGCAGCAUGCAGAACCUUCACAAGGUGCUCCGGCCUUUGCCACCGAGGGCGCUGCACAACGUCAUCACUGGUGUUGAUGACGUCCUCACGCUUAACGGUGUCAUCGUCCACAAGCAGUUGGCCGAGCAAUUGCUCACCAUUGUCCGGAUAGCCACCCGCAGCCCGAUGUUCCCGGCCAAGCUACUGCCCAAGGCCAAGGAGAUCAUGGAGAAGCUCGUGAAGAACCACAUACAGCGCGAGAUUUUCCGACGCCGUCCACACCUCUUCCCGUUGGCCAUGUGAAAAGAACGAGGGUGCCAUGAGGAAACAAGACGCCGGCUAUGUUUGCACAAUAAAGCUUUCAAGGGGCAUUGACAUGCUCCUUCACUAGUUCUUCUGUCCAGUUCAAACUCUGAAGCAUGUGGUGGA